UGCAGAUGUGUUCAGUUGACUGUGUCCAGUUGCACCCAUCCCGCAUGAAAUCUAAUCAUUUUAAUUUGAACGAAAGUUUAGCAAGAAAAAACUACAUCAAAUCUCCAAUGUGUGAUUGUAAUGCAAAUACCAAAGAAACCUUAACUCAUAUUUUCUGGAUCUGCCCUAAAUAUAAAGAAGAAAGAACCAUUUUUGUUAAAGCUUUGAAUAAAUUAGAUAUUUAUUCAUAUAAUAUCUACAAAUUGAUGAAAUCACCAAAGGAUAAUAUCUGUCAAUUAAUUUAUAACUAUCUCAAGAAAAUUCAAAAGAAGAUUUAAACUGAAGACCAAAAAUUGUGAAAUCUACUUUAUCACUGUUCAAAAUGAAGUUCAGUAACGUCCCUCUAGGGGCAUAACGGCCCGUAAAACCUUCGUUUUUGGACAGCCUUAAAACAUAGAACAGAACAAUAAAGAACGCUCCAAAACGUUUGUAAUUCACUUAUUCGCUCCCAGGAAUAGUUCAAUAGGUAUAAUUCAACAACAUGAGUAAAGCACAUCCUCCAGAGUUGAAAAAGUACAUGGACAAGAAAUUAUCUCUGAAAUUGAAUGGAGGGAGACACGUUGUGGGCAUCCUCAGGGGGUUCGACCCCUUCAUGAACAUGGUGAUCGACGAAAGUAUUGAAGAAUGCAAAGAUGGCACCAAAAAUAACAUUGGAAUGGUGGUAAUUCGAGGUAACAGCGUAAUUAUGCUGGAGGCUCUAGACAGAAUAUGAUUUUCAUCAUGAAAAAUAACCCAUUAUAUCUGUAAGUCAACGUUAAUCAACCCAAUAAUAAAUCAGUAAAUUACCAAAAACAUUUAUUAAAUUUUGUACCGACACAAAUCAUCCACAUCCAAUCUCGAUAAUGUAAUACUGAAUGUACAAAUAUAUUGUUUCAAUCCAUUCCUCAUUACAAAAAUGUCUACAGAUCAACUUGAAAAUUAUACCUUUAUUACGAGAAAUCUGAAGGUGAAAUAAAUCUCUAGUCUGAUAAUAAAAAUUACAA